UGAGCGCGUCUCCCGGGGGCGAGGCCCCGUCCCUCCGCGGCGGCGGCUCCAUGGUGCCCGCCGUCCCCCCCCGCCCCGCAGCAACAGGCAGGACGAGGAGGAAGCGGCCCCCGGGGGUCCCCACAGCCCCGCCGCCGGCCUGAGCAAGCGCCGCCGCAGCGGGAGCGACCGAGCGGGCGGGGGGCGCCCGCGGGCCGCCGGCGAUGGCGAACCAGCUGGUGAUCCUCAACGUCUACGACAUGUAUUGGAUGAAUGAAUAUACUUCUUCCCUUGGAAUUGGAGUGUUCCAUUCAGGUAUAGAAGUGUAUGGCCGAGAAUUUGCCUAUGGUGGUCACCCAUACCCUUUUUCUGGAAUAUUUGAAAUUUCACCAGGAAAUGCUUCUGAGCUAGGAGAAACGUUUAAGUUUAAAGAGGCUGUGGUUCUAGGCAGUACUGACUUUAUGGAAGAUGACAUAGAAAAAAUAGUAGAAGAGCUUGGAAAAGAAUUCAAAGGAAAUGCUUAUCACCUAAUGCACAAAAACUGCAAUCACUUUUCUUCGGCUUUAUCUGAGAUUCUGUGUGGAAAAGAGAUCCCACGAUGGGUGAAUCGCCUUGCCUACUUCAGCUCUUGUAUACCGUUUCUCCAGAGCUGCCUGCCGAAGGAGUGGCUAACUCCUGCAGCCCUCCAGUCUAGUGUUAGCCAGGAGCUACACGACGAGCUGGAGGAAGCUGAGGAUGCGGCAGCAUCAGCCUCCUUGGCAAGCUCAGCAUCUGGGUCUAGAACUGGACGCCACACCAAAUUAUAAGUCCUCCUCCAAAGUAACAAAUGGUUUGAAAUACUUCAGUUUAAUCUCUCCAGCAAUCGACUUCCUGACAGAACAUGAGAGCUGACUCUAGAACAUUGUUUUUAUAUGCAAAAAAGGCUCUCAUCAACCCCUGUUUCAGCUCAGGAUUAUUUAUGUAGUGAAAAGAAUUGCUGGGAGAAAAGGGAAGGAUUUUGUGUGAAGCCACCCUUUUCAUUUUCACCUGUUUGGUAGACCUGGGUUAACAACAUCUUGUAUAAAGCAGAACUUAAAUUAUUUGUUUACAGUAUUGUGUACUGCUGUUUACAAGUCCUGUAAGGACUCCUGCCACCAUGGAAGAAGAGAGAAUUUGAGUUUGAUUUAACUGUUGGUAUAACUCAAAAGCAGUGGUAUGAUGCCCUGGAUGAACUCUCCCCUUUGUUUUCAAGAUUUAAGGCAGGUGAACAUUAAAUUUCUGAGAAAUGCCAGAAACUGCUGAAUGCUAUAUAUGUGAACAGGGUACUGUGCACUUAAAGUGGCUGAUGUAAACAGGUAGAUUCCAGGAUGUAGGGAGACUGGUUUUGUCUAAGAUCUGUUACAAGAAGUAUGACCUCUACAUUAAUGAAACUGUGGAUUUUUGCACAUAUGAAGGGAAAUUUCUAUCUCAUUACAAUGCACAUCGAUCCCUUUUUUUUGAACUCGGCCAUGUAGUUUGCAUCCUAUCUUCUGUCUGUUUUUACAGUCUACUUCAACCAGGAUUUAGACCUGUGAAUAUCAUCUGUUAGAAGCAUCAACAAUUUUUUUACUGUUUGUUUUACUUGAUUUCAAACUUGCAUGUAAAAGUUAGUACUCUUAUUCUUUUUUUUGUUUCAUAUAGUUUGGGAUAGUGUAAUACAAGCCAUUUAUGGUUGGGGAAUGGCCUUGUUUGCUGCUGAUGAUUUUGCUUCAUUUGAGUUUGUAAACAUUCGUGUCCUUUUUUUGAGCUAUAAAUUACUGCCCAGUUGUGCAUAUCCGCACAAAUCAUAGAGAAAUCCUAAUUUAUUUUCCCACAGUCUCUAUCUGUGGCAUUAACUUUCUUGUCAGAUGUAAUGAAGAAAAACCUGAAAAUUGCUUAUGCACCUGCGUGUUUACACAGCAGAACCCACUAAUCUGCACACAUAAUUAUAUCUGAAGGUAAGAGAUAUUAUUUUCUAAAACACAGAAGUAUGUUUGCUGGUAGAUUAUAAUUAGAGCUAAAUUAUAAUUAGUGAUCAGAAUAUAUAAUGGAAUGCCUUAUUCUUGUUCACUUACCAAGAGAAUUAAUGGUUCUUCCAGUCGUUAGUGUAAAUUAGUGAGGUUCUUUUGUGCACAUAAGGAUACAGUAGCACAAACAUGAGGGAGGUGAGCCUGUUUAUUUUGAAAGACUUGCUGCCUUAAACUAACAAAAAACAUACCAUCUGUAAACUGAUCAGCUUGCACAGAAGUGUGCGUUGCUAAAAGUAUAAAUGAUUCUUACAAGCUUUAUUUUCAGUCUGUUGCUGGCUUUAGUUUUUCCAUUAGGUGAAAUACUGGUUCUACAGUUUCUGCUGUUUAAAAGGGAAAAAAAAAUCCUCUUAGGAGGCAAGAAUGCUUCAUGUUAUGAAUGCUCCUAGCCAUGGGUAGUUGGUGCCAUUGAACCCUACAGGAAGGUGCAGUAGGCUGUAUCGUAGUGAGAAUUCGUAUGAUUGCCAACUCCGACUCAUGUUAGAAAAGAGCGGAAGUUUUUCUCCUAGCAGUUGGGUUGAAUCUUUUGCUAGACAGUCUUUAUGUUUUCACUCAUCUUCUGUGAUGCAGUGUAGGUACAGAGAGAGACAUGCUCGGUUCUGGGGGAAACAAUCAAGUGAGACUCUUUCUGGAAAGAGUGGGAUAAUAGUAGAAGUCUCUUUUAACUGUAGUUUGGUACAAUGUUUUAAUAAUCUCUUCUACCAAGUGGGAAACCUUUAAGACUGACAUGUCUACCACUAACUACGUUCUCCAUUUGGUCUCCAGAAGCUGGACAUACUGACUGUUCCCGUUGAGUGCUUUUUCACUUGAAUCUCUGAAUUUUGGUUCUUUUUUUUCCUUUUUUUUUCUUUUUUUUUUUUUCUUUUUUUCCCCUGUAGUGAAAAUGAAUAUGGUGGUCUCCAGUCAACUCUCAAGCAUUACAGAACUGAAUCUCACACUACUUACAGCUAAGGCAACAGGCCACAGAGAGGUGGUUUUGUCUCUGCUGUGCAGCUGUGGUAGUAAUGUGACUUAAGUCUCUCGGCCAAGGCAGGUCCUUUAUUUCAGCUCAGGGUUGAGGCCACUGAUCUAGCAAUGUACUGUAGCUUUUCCUAGGUUUUAGGAAAAAUAAAUAGAAUGAAUUUUCAUUGCUACCUAACUUUUAUGUACCAAAAUCAGCUUUUUAGGCUUCUGAUAUAUCCAGAGCGCUAGGUCACAAAUCUCUACACCUUCAUUAACACACACACACAACUACAGCAUGUACAAUGCAAGAAUGUGACAGAUCACAGCACAGUUUUUAUUUAGAAGUAAAACUAAGACUAUUUUUUAUAAAGCAGACUGGAAAGUUUGUAACAAAACCAUUCAUUUUAUUGGUAGCUGUACAGGUGAAAAUACUGUCUUACGCUCCCUUUUUUUUUUUUUUUUAAUUUUUGUUUCAAAACCAUCCGUUUGUAAAUCCUGUGAGGAAACUGACACCUGAACCCUGAAGGCUGUUGGGUAUUGUAUCAAAGCAAGCGGUACUGUAACUUCAAUCAUGUGCUGUCAACUCAGCCUCCACUGGAUGCCUCCAAGAAGUCACCCUGCCAGUGGUUACUCCGAUUUGUAAGCAAUAGAGCAAGUUACCUUUCACCAGCAUUACUGCCAAGCAGGGAUUACUUUAGUCUACUACUGACCACACUGUGCUAGGACUAGAACACUCCAAAAUGCUGUGAGAAAGCUGGACACCUGUGGAGUCUUUUCCAUCAAAACGGGUAGGAAAAUAUCACUGCUUCAGGGUUCUGCUCUGUUUACUUUCUCAUUCUUGUUUAAUUUUAUGUAAAAUAGAACUUUUGAUACAUAUUAUAUUCUUUAACUCAAAGUAAUUUUAUUUAAAUGCCAUUUUCUGUUCAGCAAGCCAAAAAAAAUCCAAUGUACUGUCAGUGUGCACCAGUAACUUCAGAGUCGCUUGGUAAAAACAUAGUUGCAUUACUUCUAAAAUUUGCAAUGCAAUUCUGAUCACCAUUGAUACAUGGUAAUUUUCACUGUUGGAAGUUGGUUACAAGCUGAAUAUUCACUGAUGCGUUUUUUGUAAACUUGUAUUCAAGUUUACUGUACUACAUAGUAUUUGUAUAAAAUUCAAAGAAUUUUGACUUUUGUUACCUGUACAUGGCAACAAGUUGUCUAGCAUCUGAAACUUAAAUCCAUCAGUUUAUUAA